AUGAGUCUCAUCAGCACACCAGAGAGGAUGGAACUGAAUUUUUAUCUGGCCUCCAAAGAGACUCUUAGGCCAGUCGUCCGUGCGUUCAUGAACCAGCUGACGGCAGAAAACUGGCAGAGACUGGAGACUGGGCGUCUUGACCCAGAGACAAGUACUCGCGUGACAGCUUUGUGUGUAAAUGUUAUUGAAAUUUUGGCUCAAAGUCUGCAUGAGUCUCUCAACAGAAGACUUGAAAAACAGAAAGACUGGUCACCAGGAUCUGCUAAAUCUGUGUGUAAGGAGGACGUGCGCGAAUGUUUAGGGAACAUGGGUGAAGUCAUCGCACAGACUGUGGCAGAGGUACAGGGUGUAGGAGACAUCCACUACCCUAAGAGCGGGCGGGUGACAGAGCUCAUGGUCACAGCAGUCACAGAGAGAGUCAACUCCAGGCUGUCUAAAACAAGUGACAGUGACGACUCGGAGGAGCACAAGACUUCCCCCACUAUUCUAAUCAAACUGAGGGGACACUUCAAGAGGAUUCUCAAAAACUGCUACGAAAGGAUGAAGACAAUGUUGCACCGAGUCAAAUCAACCUGCACUGUGCAGGAGAAGGAAGAGGUGGUGGUACCCACUCAGACCUCUGUAACUUCUCUGCAAGAAGAGAAACCAGGCAGGGCCGAGUCUACGGUCAACAAAUCCCCGACUAUUUUUCAUGUGACCAAAGAAAUCCUGGAGCAACAACUGGAAGAGAUUGUUCAUGAUGCUCAGAGUUACUCCACAGAGGAAGAAGAUAGCCUGCUUCUUUCUCAAACCAGCAAGGACUACGAGUUAUCAGAGUUAUCAUCUCAGAUUGUUGAAAAUUUUACAGAGGAUGUUCCACAGGACCUGGCUGGAUGUCACACAGAAGAUCUCUUAGGAUACCGCAGGAGAAAAGUCAUCAGGCAGAUGAGGACUGUCUUUGUCCAAACAUUUGCUCGAGGGUCAAUCCUGAGCAUGAUGUCUAAAUUCAGACGCAAGCCGGCCUCCCGUAAAGAACAGGAAGCUGUGAAAUUAGUCAAUUCACAGCUGAUUAAGAGUGUGGAUGAUCUUUUAACAGAGUUCAUUACAACAAACAAUCAGGUACCAAGUCGUGGGUCAUUAGAGGAUUGCCCCUUUGAGAAAUUAGCCAGCAUCUUUUCCGGUGACGAGCUGGAAAGUUUUGCUGAAAAGCUGAGUGACACAUUGGCCAGUCACUUGACACCACCAAAAGUCCAAGAAAAAACACACCGAGAAGAGAUUCGUGCUGGAGUAGACAAGAUCCUUAAAGAGACGAGGAAGUGGCUAAAGAAGCAGAGCCGACUGCGCAAGAUUAGGAAGGACUGUGUGAGCAUGACUCUCAAGAAGUUCAGGAGAUUUGUGCAGAAUAACCAGUCAGAUCUCAGUCCCCCCAAAACUGGAGCUGAGGAUCAGACCUGCCCCACACCUGUGCGAGAGGAGGUUCAAAGCUUCACAGCUGAGAAGGAAAAGGAAGAGGCCUGCUCAGAUGAGGAGGAGAAGGAAGAGGUCUACACAGCUGAGGAGGAGGAAGAAGAGGUCUACACAGCUGAGAAGGAAAAGGAAGAGGCCUGCUCAGAUGAGGAGGAGGAAGAAGAGGCCUGCUCAGAUGAGGAGGAGGAAGAAGAGGUCUACACAGCUGAGGAGCAAGUAGAACAGGCUCAGGUGGCAAAACCAUCUGGUCAAAACACUGAAUCUGUUCUGUGGGACCCACUGAUUUGCCAAAUCAUUGUGAAGAUGUUCUUACGCAAAGUCAUGAAAAAUUUCUUCCCCGAUCAGACCUACAAAUCAGCUGAAGCCAGACUGACAGACAUGCUGUAUGAAAAGAUGAGUGGUACUUCUGUUCAUGUGGAUUUGAGCCUGAAAAGCAUCAAAAAGAAAUGCAAAGCUGUGUACAAAGAAGUGCUCAAAAAUGUUGAUGCUUCAGUUCUUUGGUUAAAUCUCUUGGAAGAGGAUCAACCACUCCUUGAGGCUGUGGCUGAGGCUCUAAUGAAGCAUUUUUCAUCAGAAAGACCCAGCUCCAUCCAAAAGUUCUUCAGAUGUCUUCUCCGGACUUUCACUUCAGCUUGGACCCCCUGGGCUUCCCGCCUAACUGCAGCUUGUCGCGCAUGA